CACAGACACCAGAUCUCAACCCAAUAGAGCAUCUUUGGGAUGUGGUGGAACAGGAGCUUCGUGCCCUGGAUGUGCAUCCCACAAAUCUCCAUCAACUGCAAGAUGCUAUCCUAUCAAUAUGGGCCAACAUUUUUAAAGAAUGCUUUCAGCACCUUGUUGAAUCAAUGCCACGUAGAAUUAAGGCAGUUCUGAAGGCGAAAGGGGGUCAAACACAGUAUUAGUAUGGUGUUCCUAAUAAUCCUUUAGGUGAGUGUAGAUUGCACAGCAAACCCUACAAUAGCAAAAAGGUUGCCCAGAAAACUAUUUCUGUGCAUAUGAAAGUAAAAUGUUUAUAGUCAGCUUAUAAUAUUGUAAACUUUCUAUUAGCAAUCAGAAAUACAAUUCUCAAUAGUUAGGUAAGGAAAGGUGAAUGUCAUGGAGAGGACUACAAAUGACAGGAAAAGUACAGGCCACAGCACACAGCGAAUUAGAUCUCUGAAUGUUGUAAAUGACGACAUAGGAGCAAUACAAUAUAACAUUUGAAUAGAAAAGUGUACAUUUGCACAAUGUUAUGAAGAAAAUCUAAAUAGUUUAUUUAAGUUUUACCUUGAGAGGCUGCUAAUAGCCGUUCAGAAUUUUUGUGCUCUAUUAUUUACUUAUUACCCUAAACAAAAAGAUUUUCAAGUUCUCUGUGAAAACUAACAGUGGUGAUGUUCUGUGAACAAAACACUUUACUGUGAAUGAUGUGUUCAUUGAUGACACCGGGUUUAAGAUGUAGUCCAUGUUCAAACGCCAGUAAAAGUCCAGACAUUGCUGCAAAUGUACUAAAUCAUUUGAUAAUUGUUUCUCUCCUAUUGGUAUUUUUAACCACAGUUCCAAGAAAAUGCUUGUACACAGUUUGAGAAACUGGUUAGUUGGUGAAUGUCUUGUUGGGUGAUGGUAUCCUUUUUUAGUCCAAAAUUCUUUUCUCUUAUAGGGAUUUAUCUAUUGUGUCACAUUUCUGUGAAACGUUGAUCAAUGUCCUUACAUUGUAAUGUUAAAAGAAGAUUAAAAUGUUGCUUUGCAAAAACUGAACGAAUUAAUGUGGUUAUUAUGACAUUACUCCCACAGGACAUUCAACUUCCUCAACUGUGACACAAUAUUAAAAUAAAAAGAUCCUACAUCACAUCAACACAACUUAAUUUUAAGAUUAGAUUUUUAAGGUGCAGCCUUGAACGAUACCUGAUCAAUGCACCAUCAUGCCACCUAAUCUAAUGUUUAAAAAUAAUGGGAUCAAUAACAUAUUUGGUUAUCGAGGUGCGGUUAUUUACUGAGCUCUACUGCUUUGUCCACUCUGCUCUGCCUGAACAUGAUACAGACCAGCAGAAUGUGAGGGAUCAAGAUCAGCAAAAUUUCAGUGCUACCAAAGACACCCAUUUUCAAAAUAACAACGGCAGAGUUUGACGGUCAUGCCUCAAAUGUACCUUUAAAUCCAUAAUCAUGAAAAUAAUGUGAUGUAUAUAAUUUCAACAUAACUUGUGCACCCCCUGGUGUUUGUUAGCCUGAUGAGUUUGUGCUGUGCUUUUAUUUAUUAAAAGACAAUUCACCUUGUCAUGGUCUUGUUUUCCUCUUUUCUUCCCAGGCAGCUGAUCCAGAAUCAACUCCCCCAACAGUCAGGCUGGACCACAACUUAGGAGGCCUCACACCGACAAGCGGACCUGAUCUGACGAUGGAUUACACCGGGGAGCCCUCCAGACCUGUCCCUGCCUCACAGAAAAGCCUUGGAACAACAAGAAGCCCAGUGAGCCAAGGCAAUACAUCCAGUCUCCACAAGGGGGUGCCAGACGGCGCGUCGCAAACGCCGACCACCCAGCAGCAGCUCAAGCAAAGGGCGGCCAACAGCGCGUUAGGAUCCGAGUACUCGUUGUUUGAGCUGGAGACCUUUUUCACUCGCUGGGCCCCUGACACAUCGGUGUCAGAGUCGCCCUCUGGUGGUCCUUCGUGCUCAUACACUGACGAUGACACCACAGAGACGGACCAAGACUGCCUUAUAGUCGACCCUCAGCCCCAGCCCCAGCCCCAGCUCCAGCUCCAGCUCCCCUUAGCGACUGUAAGACCUACAGGGGAGACUGUGCCUUUCUCUGGGGGUCAGGGAGCUCCAGCAGCCUCUCUGGGCGGGGGCAUCCAGGGCCACCCGACGUGGAGCAGGGCGGCCAUUUUGAGAGCGUCUCAGCAAGCCCACCAGAGGCAGCUCCAGCGGCGCUUCAGAGCGCAGCAGCUCCAGCAGACACAUCCGGAACACGCAGCUACCUCCACCGCCAACGCCCCCGGGGCCGGCACCUCGUCCCAGCCACUCCGCCCACGAGGGCUUUUACCGCCGGGUAGAGGGGCCUUGGCCAACGGUUUCGCCCACAUCGAGGUGAACCUGGCGGGGCAGCAGGCGAACCAACUAGCCCAGCAGCAGCGCGACGCCACCGGGAGGAGAAAGAGCUACGUGUGCCGAGCCUGCGGUAAGGCAUUCACCGGUCAGUCCAACCUGGAGGCCCAUCAGAGGGUGCACACGGGCGAGAAGCCCUUCAGGUGUGUGACCUGCGGCAAGAUGUUCUCGGAGGCCGGCAACCUGAAGAAGCACCAGAGGGUCCACACGGGGGAGAAGCCCUUCGCCUGUAGCCACUGCGGGAAGCGCUUUGCCUGGAUAUGCAACCUCAGGACGCAUCAGCAGUCAGCUGUUUGCGGAGGUGGUGGAGGGGAGGGAGGGGUUUGAGGGACAGUUGUGUUGAAAUCAAAAGUACGGCGUUGCUGCAGCGGACAUCAGUGGGAGUGAUUUUAAUUAGACUUUGACCCCUUCUGUUUUUGUAUGAAUUUAAAUCCUACUGUAUAGUGUGUGUGAAACCUCCAAAAUAAAGUAUACACAAUUCUACAAAUAUGGUUGCAAAAUGUCAGGAAAGAUCAAUGACUUGAUUACCUUAACAAUAAGUAGCUGGAAAUCAACAGUUUGCAUCUCGGAUUUCUAGAAAAACUGAAAGUGACCGGAAUUUUG